GCUGAACAGGAAGAGGCGGAGCUUCCUACAUGAACGCUUCUGGUGCGUUGGUCAUUCAACAUGGCCGCGGGACCAAUUUCUGAAAGAAACCAAGAUGCCACGGUGUAUGUCGGUGGGUUGGAUGAGAAAGUGUCGGAGCCGUUGCUAUGGGAACUCUUCCUGCAGGCUGGUCCUGUGGUAAACACGCACAUGCCCAAAGACAGGGUCACGGGUCAACAUCAGGGUUAUGGCUUUGUGGAAUUCCUCAGCGAAGAGGAUGCUGAUUAUGCUAUUAAAAUAAUGAAUAUGAUCAAGCUCUAUGGAAAACCCAUUCGAGUCAAUAAGGCCUCGGCACACAACAAAAACCUGGAUGUGGGUGCGAACAUCUUCAUCGGUAACCUGGACCCAGAAAUCGAUGAGAAACUGCUCUACGACACAUUCAGUGCCUUCGGUGUGAUUCUCCAAACACCAAAGAUCAUGAGAGACCCAGACACCGGCAACUCCAAGGGUUACGCUUUUAUCAACUUUGCCAGUUUUGAUGCUUCUGAUGCCGCCAUCGAGGCCAUGAAUGGCCAGUACCUCUGUAACCGGCCCAUCACUGUGUCGUACGCCUUCAAGAAAGAUUCUAAAGGGGAGCGCCACGGCUCCGCCGCAGAGCGACUCCUGGCGGCGCAGAAUCCGCUGUCCCAGGCGGACAGGCCCCACCAGCUGUUCGCUGAUGCCCCACCACCUCCCUCUCUUCCCACCCCGGUCCUGACCACACUAGGAGCUGGAAUGGGUAUUCCGGGCAUGGGAGGUCUGCCACCUCCUGGUGCCUUUCCCCCUGUUCCUCCCCCCGGAUCACUCCCUCCUUCCAUGGCCCAUGGCAUGGGGAUGCCUCCAUCAGCAGGUGGCCCACAGGGUAUUGGCGGUCCAGGUGGACCACCACCCUUCCCGCCUGGAAGUAUGCAUCCAGGUAUGCCUCAGAUGCCCAUGCACCCUCCCGCUCCGCCUGGCAUGGUUCCACCUCCUCCUGCUCCACCAGGAUCAUCCCAACGCGCCCCGCCCCCCAACCUCCCCCCACCCCCGCCUAUGGGCAUGCCGCCCAGAGCACCAUAUGGACCCCCCAUGGGUCCCCCGGUGCCUCCUGGUAUGAGAGGCCCUCCUCCCCCCAUGCCUCCCCCCGGCUACGGUGCUGCUCCACCCGGUCCUCCUCGUCCACCUCCUUUUGGAAUGCAGAGGCCGCCAAUGCCCCCCAGACCUCCAGUUGCCCCUCCGAUGAGGGCACCAAUGCCACCAUAACCUGAACUGCUUAGCAAAAACUGGCUUUCGUUUGUUUCUUUAGAAAAAGUGUUAACAUUUCCUCGCUUUAGUUUUAAACAUGGAUGUAACUGAACCUUCAGUUUGUUUUUGCUCAAUUGUACAGUCAAACCUUUGCCCAAUAAAACUUUUAAUACGGUUUUUUCCUA